UCGUUCCGAGUCGGUUCCCGAUCAUCCCGCUGGCUUACUCCGACUCGUUCAAUCUCUUUCUCUCUCUCAUACCCACACCGUCGCCCGUUUUGCCCCCAAUUCCAAUCUCUGUUAUUCCAAUCCUCUCUCUGUUAUAAAUAUGCGAAGGAAACGAUGCAAUCAGGCAUGAGACUCCCGAGCGUUUCAUUAUUUCCAGCCCUAAUCCCUUCCUGCCCCUCUCGCUCUGUCUUUCUCUUCUCCCCCACCUUGCCCUCCCCCGCCCGCUGGUCGCUGCCGUUCGCCGCCUCUCCCACGGCCCACGAGUCGUCGUCCGGCCGGUGGCCCACAGCCGACCGCCGCUGGCUUCCGCCAUCACACCGGCGCCCGUCUUGAUUCGCCCCGUCCUCCGUUGACCCUUCCUCCCGCUGCUUUUGCUUCCUGUUGAGGCAGAUAGUACGAAGUUAUAGAGUCAGUUGAAGAACCAAUCAGAUAUUUCAAAAUCAACUUGUUUUAGGGUUGGCCUUAUUGACUAAGGACAUAAUAUCUUGCUCUCCUGAAGAUUUUGGAUGAGUGAAUCUACAAUUUUGCCAUCUUUAUGGCUCAACAUUCAUCACGUCUUCAUCGCCUGCUCACUUUAUUGGAUACUGGUUCAACUCAAGCAACAAGAUUUGCUGCCGCACGGCAAAUUGGAGAUAUUGCAAAGUCACAUCCUCAAGACUUGAACUCCCUUCUAAAAAAGGUUUCUCAAUAUCUCCGCAGUAGGAACUGGGAUACAAGGGUUGCUGCCGCUCAUGCAAUUGGAUCGAUAGCUGAGAAUGUAAGGCACACAUCUCUAAAGGAGCUUCUAAAAUCCCUAGAAGGGGAGUUGAUGGAAGCUGGAUAUUCUGAUGUCUGUAAAGAUGUAGGAGCAUCUGUCUCUGAUAUGUGCCCAAAUCCCACUGCAGGCCUCUCCUUUAAAAGUUUUGACAUUAACAAGGUGUUGGAAUUUGGUUCUCCAUUAUUGGCAUCAGGUGGACAGGAAUUUGAUGUUGCAAGUGAUAGUAGCAAGAGUCCUGCAGAACGAUUAGCUCAUCAGAAGCAAAAUCUUCGUCGUCGUUUGGGACUAGAUUUUUGUGAGCAAUUUAUGGAUGUUAGUGAUGUGAUUAAGGAUGAAGACCUUUUGGCACAUAAAGGUUCUUCGAGUGGAAUUGGAUCAAACAAUGGAUAUUGGGUUUCUCGAUCUGGACAAAACAUCCAACAACUAGUUGCUACCAUGGUUCCUAGCCAUCGACCGAAAAGGUUAAGUGCUAGAGAGUUGAAUCUUUUAAAGAGGAAGGCAAAAGUCUAUGCAAAAGAUCAGAUAAAGUGUUCAUCUGAGGAUGAUGAGCUUGGCACAAAGCAUCCUCAAAAUUCACUAAACUCCAAAGGGACAUGGUCUGAUACUUCAUUUUCCAAUAAGGACUUGGCAGAUACUAUUCUAGAUGAAGAUAGCAGUGAAAAUGAUCAGAAUGGGAGGUGGCCAUUUCAUCACUAUGUGGAGCAGCUUGUUCAUGAUAUAUUCGAUCCUAUUUGGGAAGUUCGCCAUGGGGCAAUGAUGGCUCUGAGAGAAAUUUUAACCCAUCAUGGAUCCUGUGCUGGUGUCUACUUCCCUGAUCUGAGCUUGGAAGAUCCCUUUGUAGUUGCUUCUGAUGAAAAGAUCCCCAUAGAUUCAACAAAAAGGGUUAGGGAUAUCGAUCUAAAUAUGCAAUACAGUCUGAGUGAAUCUGAACCAGAAUUAAAGAAACCAAAGGUUGAGAAUGAAUUGUGUCAUUCACAUGAUGGAAUUGGAUGCUCAGACAAGCAAAUGGAAGAUGGCACUUACACGAGUGUGGAUGGUUGUCCUUCGGAGACAAAUUCUACAGCUGUAAACAAUAAGGUUGACAUUAGUCAUGUUAAGGUGAAAUUAGAUCCAUGUACUGAUGGCUUCAGCUCCGAGUUGAAAAGGGAGGAUGAUGCACCACCCAAAUUUGUCUUUGAGAACUGUAACUCUGUGUCAACAAUGGGUUUUCUAGCAAAUCUUCCUGAAAGUUCCAAAGUAGUGAAGUUGAUAAAACUUGCUAGACAUUCAUGGACUAAGAACUGGGAACUUCUGCAAGACUAUGCUAUUCGAUUUCUGUGUGUGCUUUCUUUAGAUCGCUUUGGUGAUUAUGUUUCUGACCAAGUUGUAGCUCCUGUUCGUGAAACUUGCGCUCAAGCCCUUGGUGCUGUGCUCAAGUACAUGCAACCUUUGCUUGUUCUCGACACACUCAAAAUCUUACUCCAAAUGCAGUGCAGGCAAGAAUGGGAAGUUCGUCAUGGAAGCCUUCUUGGGAUAAAAUACUUAGUAGCUGUUCGUCCGGAAAUGAUUGUGGAUUUGCUAGAUUAUGUUCUGCCUGCCUGCAAAGCUGGGCUAGAGGAUCCAGAUGAUGAUGUUAGAGCUGUUGCUGCUGAAGCCUUAAUACCAACUGCUGCUGCUAUCACAUCCCUUGAUGACCAAAUUUUGCAUUCGAUUGUUAUGUUGCUUUGGGAUAUUUUGCUUGACUUGGAUGACCUCAGCCCUUCUACCAGUAGUGUGAUGAAUUUGUUGGCAGAGAUAUAUUCUCAGCCAGCAAUGGUUCCGAAGAUGGUGGAUAAGCUGAAUAUGGUUGGGAAGCAGGAAAUUGAUCUUAAUGAAGUAUCUCUUGAGGAGCAGGGAGAUAGUACCAAGAGUAGGGAAAAUCCGUAUAUGUUGUCCACUCUAACACCCAGGUUAUGGCCAUUUAUGAGACACAGUAUUACUUCAGUUCGUCAUUCUGCCAUCCGCACAUUGGAACGGCUACUUGAAGUUGGUUUUACGAGAAGUUCUGAGUCUAUGGCAACUAGGUUUUGGCCCACUUCAGUGUUAGGUGAUGCAUUGCGGAUAGUUUUCCAGAAUAUGCUGUUGGAGUCAAAUGAUGAUAUUCUUUGCUCAUCAGAAAGAGUGUGGCGGCUUUUGCUUCAGUGCCCAGAGCAGGAUCUUGAGGUGGCUGGAAAGUUGUACUAUUUAUCCUGGAUCCAGGUUGCAACCACUCCAUAUGGCUCUGCUUUGGAUGCCUCAAAAUUGUUUUGGCCAGUUGCUCUUCCUCGCAAAAGCCAGUUUAGAGCUGCUAAAAUGAAAGCUAUUAUGCUUGAAGGAUCUGUUAAAGAAAAUAUUACGCAGGACAAAAGUUUUGAUGUUUCCAUAAGUGUCCCUAAGAUAAUUAUAGGUGCAGACAGUGAAAAAUCUGUGAUUCAUACAAGAGUUAUUACAGCAACAUCCUUGGGUAUUUUUGCAUCUAAGAUGCCUGAAGCCUCUCUGCAAGUUGUUAUUGAUUCACUGUGGAAUGAUCUUAUCUCUUCUUCGGGAGUCCAAAGACAGGUGGCUUCAAUGGUUUUUGUUGCUUGGUUUAAAGAGCUUAAAAGCAGGAAUACAACCGAAGGAGUAUUUGUUGGGCUUUUGGACAAUGUGAAACAGUGGCUGCUAGAUCUAUUAUCGUGCUCUGAUCCUUCAUUUCCGACUAAAGGCUCACGUGAACCUUAUGCUGAACUUUCAAGGACGUAUACUAAGAUGCGUAAUGAAGCCAGUCACUUGUUCCAUUUAGUUGAAUCUAUUGGUAUAUUUAAGGACUAUAUAUCAAGCAUCAAGUUCAAUCUAAAAUCACUAACUGUUGAUGAAGCGAUUAACUUUGCUUCAAAUCUUUCACUACCCAUCGAAUCAACUGUUGUUGAAAAUGUGGAAAAGCAUAUUGUGGAUGACAUAGAGUCAUCAAAACAACAGCUCCUGUCAACAUCAGCAUACUUAAAAUGUGUUCAGAACAACUUGCAUGUUACAGUAACGGCUUUAGUUGCUGCUGCAGUGGUCUGGAUGUCAGAAUUACCUUCCAAGCUUAACCCAAUUAUUUUGCCUUUAAUGGCUGCUGUCAAAAGAGAGCAGGAGGAAAUCUUACAACAAAAAGCUGCAGAAGCACUUGCCGAGUUGAUUUUUCAUUGUAUUGGGAGAAAGCCUAGUCCAAAUGACAAAUUAAUUAAGAACCUUUGCAGCUUGACAUGUGCAGAUACAUCUGAGACACCCCAAGCUGCUACCAUGAACUCUCUGGAUGUUAUUGAUGAUCAAAAUUUGUUUUCCUUUGGAAAGGCAGCUAAUGUUGAAAAGUCUAAACUUCAUAUGCUAUCGUCUGGAGAAGACAAGUCAAUUGUUGAAGGCUUUUUGAGCAGGCGUGGAUCGGAAAUGGCACUGAAGCAUUUAUGUGAAAAAUUUGGAGCUUCACUGUUUGAGAAGCUUCCUAAGAUCUGGGAUUGCAUUACUGAGGUUCUGAAACCUGCAUCUCCAGGAGGAGGUCUAAUUUCGACAGAUGACCAGCGGAUGGCAAACAUUUCUAAGGAUAAUGAUCCACAGACACUGAUAAACAAUAUUCAGUUGAUCCGCUCUAUUGCACCUGUGUUGAACGACUUAUUAAGACAGUUGCUCACUCUACUUCCGAGCAUUCUUUGGUGUGUCUGCCACCAUCAUGUUGCUGUAAGAUUAGCUGCUUCACGAUGUAUCACCUCCAUGGCAAAGUCAAUGGAAAGUAGUGUGAUGGGAGCUGUCAUUGAGAAUGUCAUUCCCAUGCUGUCAGAUUCAACAUCUGUCCAUGCAAGACAGGGAGCUGGAAUGCUUGUGCAUUUGCUUGUUCAGGGUUUGGGUGUGGCGUUGGUACCUUAUGCUCCUUUGCUUGUGGUUCCUCUUUUGCGGUGUAUGGGUGAUUGCGAUCAUGCUGUCAGACAGACUGUAACACAUAGCUUUGCUGCCCUUGUACCUCUACUUCCAUUAGCUAGAGGACUCCCUUCGCCAGUUGGACUAAGUGAGAGUUUAUCAAGGAAUGCAGAAGAUGCACAGUUUUUAGAACAGCUUCUUGACAAUUCUCAUAUUGAUGAUUACAAACUCCCAAUUGAUCUCAGUGUAUCAAUAAGGAGGUACCAACAAGAAGGGAUCAACUGGUUAGCUUUCUUAAAACGGUUCAAGCUGCAUGGAAUUCUUUGUGAUGACAUGGGGCUAGGUAAAACACUUCAGGCAUCAGCAAUAGUAGCUUCUGAUAUUGUGGAACGACGUGCUUCCAUUGAUUGCAAGGACCUUCAAUCUCUGAUUAUCUGCCCGUCCACGUUAGUUGGACACUGGGCGUAUGAGAUAGAAAAAUAUAUUGACAAUUCUAUUAUGAUUACUCUUCAAUAUGUUGGUUCUACUCAAGCAAGGAUGUUGCUUCGUGGUCAGUUUGAUAGGUGCAAUGUGAUCAUAACAUCAUAUGAUAUUGUUCGUAAAGAUAUUGAUAUCCUUGGAAAACUUGCAUGGAAUUAUUGUAUUUUGGAUGAGGGACAUAUAAUUAAGAAUUCAAAAUCUAAAAUAACAAAUGCUGUGAAACAGUUGAAAGCUGAGCACCGUCUUAUCUUGAGUGGUACUCCUAUCCAGAAUAAUGUCUUAGAGCUUUGGUCUCUCUUUGACUUCUUAAUGCCUGGGUUUCUUGGGACAGAGAGACAGUUCCAAACGACCUAUGGGAAACCAUUGUUGGCUGCAAAAGAUCCAAAAUGUUCUGCUAAGGAUGCUGAAGCAGGAGCUCUUGCCAUGGAAGCUUUGCAUAAGCAGGUUAUGCCAUUCCUCCUCCGUCGAACUAAAGAUGAAGUCUUACAUGAUCUUCCAGAGAAAAUUGUUCAGGAUAGAUACUGUGAUCUGAGUCCUGUUCAACUAAAACUGUAUGAACAUUUUUCUUUUUCAAAUGCUAAAAAGGAAAUAUCAUGUUUGGUCAAAGAACACGAGUCUGCAGAAACUACAGCUUCAAAAGCAACUUCUCAUGUCUUUCAGGCAAUGCAGUAUCUACUAAAACUUUGUAGUCACCCAUUGCUUGCUAUUGGUGAAAAACCACACGACUUUUUUGUGUCUCUUCUAUCGGAGGUUAUUCCUGGCUGUACAGAUUUUCGUCGUGAGCUCCAUGAACUUCACCAUUCACCUAAAUUGGUUGCUCUUCAAGAGAUACUUGAAGAGUGUGGAAUAGGAUUAGAUGCAUCAAGUUGUGAUGAUGCCCUAACAGUUGGACAGCAUCGAGUUCUAAUUUUUGCUCAACACAAGUCUUUUCUGGAUAUCAUUGAGAAGGAUCUUUUUCGGUCCCACAUGAAGAGCGUGACAUACUUGCGGCUAGAUGGCUCUGUUGAACCAGAAAAGCGAUAUGAAAUUGUAAAAGCAUUCAACUCCGAUCCGACAAUUGAUGUUCUGCUGCUUACCACUCAUGUUGGUGGACUUGGAUUGAAUCUUACAUCAGCUGAUACACUGGUUUUUGUGGAGCAUGACUGGAACCCUAUGAAGGAUCUCCAGGCAAUGGACAGAGCACACAGGUUGGGCCAGCGUAAAGUUGUUAAUGUCCAUCGACUGAUCAUGCGUGGCACUUUAGAAGAGAAAGUCAUGAGCCUGCAGAAGUUUAAAGUUACAGUUGCUAAUGCUGUUAUAAAUGCAGAGAAUGCGAGUCUGAAAACCAUGAACACAGACCAGUUGCUUGAUCUUUUUGCUUCUUCACCAACAAUCCAAAUGAAAACUGUGAUACAGGGAACUUCGGCUUCAAACAGCUCUGCUGGCAACACGGACAAAGAUCCAAAGUCGGCGGUCACCGGGAGAGGGUUGAAAGCCAUUCUCAAUGGACUUGGGGAGUUAUGGGAUCAAUCACAGUAUGAAAAUGAAUACAAUUUAAACCAGUUCUUGGAAAAGCUCAAUGGCUGAGUCUUGAAGGCUACUACUGCAAUGUACAGUCCAAAUUAGAAGAUUCUGUCGGCCCCAAUUUUGGAUGUGUCGUUCGUCCCCCAAACCCCCAUGAAAUUUUUUUUUCUCUUCUUUUGUUCGUUGUACAUGAUCAUCAUUAAAUCAUGGAACCACUAACCGUUAGGUGAUCCAAAUUUUUAGAAGGAUAGGCUAGAUCACCCACGCCAAGAUGGGCAUUUCGAAUAUGUAAAUUUCAGCUGUACAACUUAUUAUCUAGUUAAAGUAGCUGUGCCCAAAUUGUUUGCCUCCGUUUCAUUCUUUGUUGCAGGCCGCUGCCUGGUGCAAUCCCAUUUCUGUUAUAUGAGCUACAAGAGAGUAGGGAAGUUAGUCCAAGUUCUUCACCCGUCUUUAGACGAGGCAUCAAGCCUGCAACGUGCAAAACAGGCUUAGGUUGAUGAGCAGCAGCCAACGGUGGCCAGGUAUGUUUUUUGUUUUUGUUUUUGUUUUUUUUUUUUUCAUAUGUACGGUCAGAAAGGAAAAGGACUCGAUUUAGAAUAUUACUUUCAGAAGAAUAAGGAGUUUGUCUAUUAGUGGAUCACCCGAUUGCUUUUCUAAGAAGCCAUAUUAGUUUAUAUUAAGUGCUUCUCUCAAAGAAGUCAUACCUUCCUAUAUUGCUUGCUAACCCCUCAACCGUUUUACAGAAAAGUGGCUGUAAGUUAAGUCUUUCUGGGUAAUAUAAAACAAAGAAAUGUAUACGGGUUCUCUUGUUCUAGUAUACUCCUGUCAUAUAUUAUGCACCACGCAUGGAUUCUUUAUUUGAGUCGAUUGCAUGAAUCACAAAUUCUUCAAACAUGAAAGGAUGUGUGCGCAGAUAAAUGGAUAAAUUCAUAGACCGUUGAAAGUUUGCUGGCGGGCUUCAAAUUUGUCCGGUAAUGUCUAUUUUCUCAUGUGAACUUGUUCACUUCUACUGGGCCCCCAAUUACGUAGGUGCCGAGGUGGCUGCCGCUGGUGGUAGUUUACUAGACGUUAGGUGAUGUCGUCCAUAGCAAGAAACUGAGGUAGGUCGUUACUGGGUGGGGGCCCUCCAUGUGGCAUGUUAUAUGUGCGAGAAGAGGUGGGAGCACCGAAGCGAGAUUUCUUUCCCCUGGCGGCCCUCUCUCUCCUUUUUCUUGUCUUCCUCUCUUCUUUGUAUGGCAGCCAAUGGUCGUGCGCUCGCUUCAGGCUUCGGGAAGCGAUUCGUCAACCAGAUCUGGGCCGCACGAGAUCCCGCGGAGCGCGUCGCCGCCGUCGCCUCCCUGCCAUCGCUUUCUUACAGCGAGAGGAGAGUGCACGUAUCGUCGUCGUACGAUAAGAACGUGGAGGAGCUGGAGGAGGCGCGCGUGCCGGACCAUGUGAUCGACGCCAAGUCCGACAAGUACUGGGGACCCCACCCCACCACCGGCGUUUUCGGCCCCGCCGACGAGAGCGGCGCCUCCGUUAGCGGCGGCGGAAAGGCAGCGACUGCCCCUGUAAGUGGCCCGUCCGCCCUGGACCAAACCGUGUGGUUUCGUCCCCUAGAGGACGUCGACAAGCCGCCCAACGCCUGAACACGGCCGGCGCACCGCGCCAGCCGCCGCCGUGGGAAUAAAUAGCAGCAAUAGUUUGUAUUAUUAUUGUUGCUGCCACCAGCGAGUAUAAGCAGCAGCAUGUGCGUCUAUGGAUUGCAUGUACGGGAAUCCAUUUUCCGCUUCUCAGUUUGGCUUUCGAUUUCAUCGGUAUGGCGUCCUAUUGGAGAGAGGAUAGCGAUAUCAAUGGCUUUAGAGUGCUGCAUUAAUGUCACGUAUUGCUUCCGAGUCUUUUGUUG